AUCGUCAUCGACUCGUACUCGUAGACAGUAGACAGAUUAGAAAGGCACAGAACAAGGCUAGUCAGAAAGAGGAACUAUACUACAAGAAAAAAUAAAGAGUUCGGUCUUCUUGGACGUUUUCUUCCUUCUGCAAUUCUACCAAUAUUUCUCUUGAAGAGGCAGGAGGCGUUCACCCUUACACAAGCUAGAUCUAGAUCUAGGCUAGAAGCUGGGAGAAGGGCUACAGCUGCAAGAUGAUGGAAGAGGAGGAGGAGACUCUCUUUGAUCAAGAGGGUCUUCUGGGUAACAAAGAGGAAUCUACAGCAGAGAAUAAACAAUUUAAGAGGAAAAUUCUGAAGACUGCAGCACUGUCCAUGGCGUUUUUUUCUCUGGGCAUAUGCAUUGCUAUCCCCGGCAGCACCAUACAGGACCUUGGGGCCCAUGUGAAGAAACGUGUGUCCCAGGUAGCAUUUAUCUUCACCGCACGGGCUUUUGGCUACCUCAUCGGCUCCGUGGUUGGGGGCGUGCUCUUUGACCUGUUUGACCAACAGGUUCUGCUCUUCUUCACGUUGUCCGCCACGGCGGUGGCCACCACUGUUGUGCCAUGGUGCAGUGCUCUGCUAAUCCUCUCCCUGAUGAUUGCUGUUCAUGGAGUGGCUAUCGGAGUGCUGGACAGCGGUGGCAAUGUUUUUUGCAUCAAGAUUUGGGGCAAAAGAAGUCCGACCUACAUGCAAAUAUUGCAUUUUGCCUUCGGUUUAGGCGCUUUUUUGGCUCCUCUUCUGGCCCGACCCUUCCUCAAUGACCAGCUGUUGACCUACUCUAAUGAGUCGGUCAGUGGCACUCGCCACCCUAUCAACACCCAACUGACAGCCUUGGUAGGGCCAGAUCUAGGGAGGGACAUCCGAGAUGUUCAUCAGCUCGAAAGAAAUGCUGUACCGGGGCUUUUAGUGGAAAAGUUUCUGAACUCUCCCACAGUGCAUUUAGAGAAAAGGGAUGCUGAAUCAAAUUCGUCGGUGCCUAAUGUUACAUCAAGCUCUCUCGUUGAUGACUUUAAUGAAAUAAAGUUGAGUUCUACUGCGGCAAGCCCUUCUACGUCCCCUCUGCCGAAAAAGCCGUCUGUGAUUAAUGGAGAACAUCUCAAAAAGGAAAGUGCGGAUGGGGCAAAGGAGAAUCCACAGUUGCAAGAACUCAAAGACAAUCCCAUUGUCGUGACACCCCCAAAGGACCCUGUAACCGUGACCCCUCCUGUCUUAGAAGAGCCUAGUGAGAAUAUUACAUCAAGUAACUUGACUAAUGAGGCAAGCAGCUCUGUGAAUAACACUGCAGUUGGUGAUGUAGAGGGUGAGGAUAGCGAAGAUAAAGAGUCCAAUAAGGACAGUCGUGGUAAUCAGGGAGAGACAGAAGAAAACCUCUCAUUGGAUGAUGAUAUUUCAGCAGGCACCCCCACCCAGCUAUCAGCAUCAGCUACUACCACCACCACCACCAAUACAACUGCAGCAUCAACAACAACGACAACAACAGCUGUACCAACAACAACAACGACAACAACAGCAGCACCAACAACGACGACAACAACCACAUCUACAAUGUCAACUAGUACACCUCCAAGCACCUCCACUUCACCCACCACCAGCACAAGUACCACCAGCACCAGUACUCCAACAACAUCCUCCGACACAUCCCGGUCCUCACUAGGAGAUGAUGACACCCGCAAACCACCUGAAACAGUUGACUUGGGGCUUAAUACAACCUCAAAUAACAUGACUGAUAAUUUUGGGUCAGAUAUCGCUUCAGAUUUAUUUCAUGCAAUGCUUGACACUGUCAGAAACAUGUCUAAAAUACAAUUUGCUUACCUGAUUAUUGGGCUCCUUUUGUUGGUCAACGCUGGAUUCUUCUUGUUCUUGUACUGUAAGGAUAAGUACAACACAACCCCUCUAUACUCUACAUCUCAUGAGGACCUCACCCGUCCGCCGGACUCGAAAUGCUUUGUUGCCUCGAUCCUCAUACUUUUAUUUUGCUUCUUCUUUGUCUACGUGGGCAUGGAAGUGACGUUUGGGGGGCUCAUCACCAAAUUCGCACAUGCCUACCCGAAAGCUAUGUGGACAAACGCAGAUGCUGUUAUGCUAGACGCGAUGUUCUGGGGAUCGAUUGCGGCGGGUCGCGGCAUCUCCAUCCUCCUGGCACACUACUUCAAAGCCCCAUGCAUGAUGGUGAUGAACAUGAUCCUCACAGUCCUGGGCAGCCUUAUUCUCAGUUUUGGCAUCUUCGCCACUCCGAUCCUGCUCUGGGUGGGCACGAUGGUCCUGGGCCUGGGAAUGUCAUCCAUUUUCCCGACCAUCAUCUCAUGGGCUGACUCCUACUACCCUCUGACAGGCAAAGCCACGGCUGUUUUCGUUGCGGGCUCUGCGUUUGGUGAGAUGAUCGUCCCCUGGCUUACGGGGAUCCUCUACGACAGGGUUGACCAGAUGGCACUCAUGUACAUGACCUUGACCUUGUCUGUUCUGCUGUCGAUGUUGUUCCUGGCCUUGCAAGUGAUUGCAUGUCAGAAAACAAAGGCGAACCCCCGGCGCUCGCACUCUGGCUUCAUGCGGUUGGAGAACUCAGAAGACGUGGCUGAUGCCAUAGAUAUGGACCUGAUGGAGACACCGAUGUCCUCACUCCGGUUGAGACGCCCUGCAGAGAAUGAAGUGGGUUCGGAGAACCAAGUGAAGCAGAAUGGAGCUGGACACGAAGUGACUGAGUUCACCAAGCUUGUGGAGCUUAGUGAUUAAUGAUGAAGCCUGUGCUGGGAGUUUUGUGCUUGUUUCCCUGAAACUGAUUUUUUUUUUUUUUUGAGUACAGAGAAGCACAUUGUCGCAAUAAUGAUCAUUUUACAAGAUAAGAUAGUACUUUAUUAUCCCAGAGGGAAAUUUUCCUUGGCUGUACAAGACCGUUAAAACACAUGCAGGUAUACAUAAAAAAUUUAAAUUAUAUAUAUUGCUCUCAUUAUAUUUUAUGGAGGGAAAAAAGUGAGACUGACAAACAACAGAGGAAAAGAAAGAUGUAAGACCUACCAGUGGCAUCCUCCAACCACCCACUUUCACCCUAGAUCAUGAAAUACAAAAUGCUGAGAAAAUUAUCCCCAAUACUCAAACAUGUUCUUUUAUACCUUAAGAUCAGGAGCGGGAAUUUUUAUCUUUAAUGCUGUAAAAUGAUUUGUCACAAAGCAUGUUGUUAUCAAUGAAUUUGUUCUCUUUCAAUCCAGAAAGUCCCACGAUCCUACUACUCCACAUGCGUCAGAUGUGGUGAUUAACUACCCUGGUUAUUGCUUUGUAAACGGCGCAAUUUUAUUUUUAUUGCAGCAAUUUUUUUUUUGUUUCCUUUUGUCGGUCUAUUUUGAAUGCAGAAAACUGUUGCAAGUCAUCUGAACAAAUUCGCUGACGAUUCACUGCUCUUGUUCAUGUUCAUAAAGACAUUUUCUCUCUCUGUGCCUAAUUGGCAAUGUUGUGAGACUUUCUCAUGAAUAGGACUUCAAAGAAAGUAUUAUUAUUAUGUAGAUGGCUUUGAUCUUUUCUUUUUUCCAGCCUUCAGAGACUUGAUUAAUUGUCUGAAUGCUCUCCUGUUUUCUGGUAGUUUGAGUAUAAUUUCAUAUUCUGCUAGUCUUCCCUUAUGAUAUGACAGAAAGGUGUAUCAAAACAAAAAAGAGACUGUUAUCAUCACCUUCUCAUACUUUUCAGCUUGGGGGGGGGUUGAUACGUUGGUUUGAGAUUUUUUUUCUUCUUUCUAUUCUUAGAUUCUUUUUUUAGUACUUCCCUUUUUGCCUCAGUAAUAAAUUUUCUUUGAUUUUUUUUUUUACUUUAUGGGGAUAGAGAGAUGACUUGAUGUUUUGUUAUUUUUUUGGAAAUUCUGUACGUCAUACUUUAGUCUUUCUUUUUUUAUGUGUUGCAAUUUUUUCUCUUUUAUUGCAAAAUGUACUGAAUAUUGGAAAACCCCUUUAUUGGAGCCUGAGAUUUAAUUGAUCAGUCAAUAGUAAGAAAAUAAUUGAGCGUAGAAGCAUGCUUGAAAGAUGAAACAUGGCAAAAAUGUAUGUUUUGAACAUCUGAAGAGAUUCUUUUUCGUGGAAAAAGUCUUAGAAGUGCUUGCCAAAAAAAAUCACCAAAAAACCCCCUAAAAAGUAGAGGAUAAUGGAAGGAAAAUACUGUGUACAGAUAACUCUUGACUGCAAUACUAACAGUCUCAUGAAGACUGGAUCAAGAACAUACCAGGUUUCACAACUGUUUCAGUGGACCAAUGUUUUCAGAGGUGUUUGAAUUGUUGUUAUGUUACCUGUAAAUUUGUGAGUCCAAAUUUGAUGAGCAGGGGUGGUGUAUAUGAAGGCCACAGUGAAAAACAUUGUCUUCAAAAACUGUCAUAGUAAACAAAGAGCUCCAUAAACAAAGAGACCCUUUUUGAAAAAGAGUACAAUGAAAAAACAGUCAUAUAUAUGUGAACUUGAAAAUGUGACUUUGAUGGUUUUCAACUUUGGUUUUCUUAUGAGAGAUGCCCGGAAUAGUUUUAUGUCACCCAUAGUCAUGGGCUGAUUGUAGUGAUAAAUAUCACAAGACCGGUGGAAUAUAUCUUUUGUAAAAGAAGAAAACCAUCCAUGUUCAUAUUAUGUUUUUACAAAUUGCAAAUCAAAGUACAUGUGUAUUUGCUAUUUUUUGGCCAAGCAUUGCUAUUUAUAGACUGAAGAGUGUUUUAGAUGCCUGUGCAACAUCUUGUUCCCCUUAUGUUGUUGUUUUCCAAAUAAAUAUAACAGGUCAGGUUUUGACGCUUUGUAAAAGGGAAGCUUUAUAUUUGAGGGAAAAAAGUACAUGUAAUGACAUGUUAAGUCCCAAGUUUCACUUAAGAUCAUUUGAGGUCACUUUACUUUUGGAGUUUCUUUGAAUGGGACUUAUUUGAAAUCUAGUAAUUUAACGUCAUAGAAUAGUUUAUGAAGAAAUUACGAUGAUAAACAUUUUUUAUGAAAUAAUCUGAAGUAUAUUUCUGGAUGAGAGUUUUGCCUAUGAACAAAUCCAAAGUUCCCUGGUUGUGCUGAUACACUUUUUAUCCUAAAAAUGCCUAAAGCUUUCAUCUUUGUAAGAAGUCCAUGCCAGAGUCUUAGAUUUAUCCUUACUGACAGAUAUGCAUUUUUCAUAGCUUUUGUGCAAACCUGUUCUUGUUGUGAUGUUGUGUCCAAUAUGUGGUAUGUCUUUCAUUAAUGAAAUAAUGCUUGUCUUUCUUUGCUCAACAUUAAAACAGCUUUGUGUUUAUAUGUCUAACUGUUCGUGUUAUAUUUCAUCAUCAGCAUGUACACAGAAAGCUUUAUAAAGACCAAGCCUCAACGACUUUUCAAAUGCUGAAAUUUUCCAACAGUUUGCCUGGAGCGAGAUUUAUGAUCAGUUGUCUGGAAGUAAUUAAUGUAAACAUUGCCUGAAUGAACAGUAUUUACUUUCUUUUUAUAAAGUCAUUUAUGAAAGAUGGUUUUCUUUAAUGAAAUCUUUAGAUGUGUACAUUAUGCUUUGGAGAUAGUUUUGGUGUUGUGGCUGAAAAUGCUCUUUCUGGAUGCUGUUAUGUAUUUGCCUGUUUCCGUCAAAUUAUGUAGUUCCAUAUCUCCCAGCGAAGAAUUUCUACAGUGUAAAUUUGAUGCUUUUGAUAUCUAUUUUAUGUAUAUUUUUUUUCGUAAUCCAUUCUUACCAUUUUCAUUGGUGUGAUGUAUGUAACAAGCUUUGUUUUGUUGCUACGGAUGGAAGGGUUUGAGCAGAAGAUGUUCACAUUUUAUGAUUAAAUUCAAAGCCUGUUAGAGAGUAAAAUUGUGGUGUCAUAGUGUCAAUUAUGCUGUGUAAAAUUCACAUGGACUUAUUUAUCAUUUAGUUUAGUAAAAGUUUCAUGGUGUUCUCAACACUGCAUAAAGUCAUAUGAGUGUGAGUAUUUAUCGUCUCUGUUACAAAAACAACAACAACCAAGUAUCAGUUAAAACCUCCAGUGUGUAUUGUUUGUUUUUGUUCAACCAAGUAGGGUCAAGUGGAGUCACUCUUUUUUCCUACAACAGCCCUAGUGCUGUGUAUGAUGUUUAGUUUAAUCUAUAUGUGAGGCAGCGGGAUGAAAUCAGGCACUCGUGAAAA